AUGAGGAGCAAUUAUAGCGAAUCAGAUUCAGUACCAAAUAUUUUCCCUUUUUUGAUGGCAGGAGGAAAUGUCUUCCCCACUCUGAACAUCAAAUACGUCCAUGAGGGCUUGACUGAAAUAAUGUCGUCAAAAAGGCACUUACUCUUCCUUUCCAACCCGGGCCGGCAGAAUGGCUCCCGCAAGAAGGGUCGCGAGAAGGGCAGUUCUACCAUCAAUGAGGUAGUGACCAGAGAACACGCCAUCAUCGUUCACAAGCGCACCCAUGAGUGGGUUUCAAGAAGCGUUGCCCCUCGGGCACUCAAAGAGAUCUGGAUAGUUGCUAUGAAGGAAAUGGGAACUCCAGAUGUGUGCAUUGACACCAGGCUCCACAAAUCUGUCUGGGCCAAAGGAGAAAGGAAUGUUCCCUACCGUAUCCAUGUGCAGUUCUCCAAAAAACAUAAUGAGGAUGAAGAUUCACCCAACAAGCUCUAUAUGUUGGUUACCUGUAUACCUGUCACACUUUUCAAAAAUCUACAGACUGUUACUGUGAGUAAGAACGAAUUGCUGAUUAUCAAAUAA